GUCAUCCGUGAGGUGACGUUAUUUUGGGGUGACGCGGUUACGUUUAUUUGGAAGACUUUGCGCAUGCGCGUUACAGGUCCGGGGCUCUAGUCGGAGCCAGAGGGUCGGAGCUUGCUAGCUUAGCACUCAACAUGGACGUCUUUCUAAUGAUCCGGCGUCAGAAGACGACCAUCUUCACGGACGCCAAGGAGUCGACCACCGUGUACGAGUUGAAACGCAUCGUGGAGGGCAUUCUGAAGAGGGCCCCAGAGGACCAGCGCCUCUACAAAGACGAGCAGCUGUUGGAGGACAGCAAGUCUCUGGGAGACUGUGGCUUCACCAGUCAGACGGCCCGACCCCAAGCCCCCGGUACCGUUGGCCUGGCCUUCCGCAUCACCGACGAGAUGUUCGAGGCGCUCCAGAUGGAGAGCUUCUCCAGCCCUCCAGAGCUACCCGACGUCAUGAAGCCACAGGACUCCAGCAGCACGGCCAGCGAGCAGACCGUCCAGUGAGGGCUGGAGGGAGGGAGGGAGGGGGUGUGAGCCGUUAUAUCAGUUAAAUCACAGGACAGCAUCGGGGAGAGGGCACUUUUAGAUGACCCAAUCGGUGCCCUGCUCCUCCUCCUCCUGGUACCUCCAACCCUCCCCCUGCCCCCUCUCGCCCUCUCGCCCUCUCUCCCCCGCACAUCACUUCCGGUUAGCCUUCUCAGCCUGUCAGCUCCUUUAGCCCGGCUAGCAUGCCCACCCACAUUAUCUUUAUUAUCAUGUUGAUGUAUUCAGGAGGCGGUUGGCGGUAUCUGUCCUUCUAGUUUGCUCGAGGGGGUAGGUACCUAUCUCGCUACUUUACUAGAGAGGGAAGGUACCUAUCUUACUAGUGAACUAGUGGGGGGAAGGUACCUAUCUUACUAGUGAACUAGUGGGGGGAAGGUACCUAUCUUACUAGUGAACUAGUGGGGGGAAGGUACCUAUCUUACUAGUGAACUAGUGGGGGGAAGGUACCUAUCUUACUAGUGAACUAGUGGGGGGAAGGUACCUAUCUUACUAGUGAACUAGUGGGGGGAAGGUACCUAUCUUACUAGUGAACUAGUGGGGGGAAGGUACCUAUCUUACUAGUGAACUAGAGGGGGACGGUGCCCAUCUUAUUAGUGAACUAGAGAGACGGUGCCCAUCUUGCUAGUGAAAUAUAAGUUUAAGUUACAACUUAGAAGCCUAUCUUUCUAAUGACUCAAGGGUGGAGGUUCCCAUGUUCCUAGUUUAUCUUCAAAUUCAGUAGAAGAUAGAUAUCUUCCCAGUGAGCUAGAGAUUGAAGGUACCUCUCUUCCCAGUGAGCUAAAGAUUGAAGUAUCUUUCUUCCUACUGCACUGGACCUUGAAGGUACCUGUUUCUUGUGGACUAGAGCUUGAACGUACCUGUUUUAAUAGUGGUCCUACACCCGACCAGUCUGGUCGGGUGUAGGACCACUAGGAAAAGAGAGUGGCGAACUUUCCAUCCCAACCUUUAACUUUGCCAAGCGUGACGGUCUGACCUGGGCAGGAGGCCAGACGUCUCCCUCCUCAACACUGUAAAUGCUGUUUAGUUUUAUUUAAAGCUCCUGUGCUGUCAUGUCUUUAGUGUGACCCAAGCUCUGUCAUGUCGUGUAUUAAGAGCCUUUUUUGAGGAAUCAUAGCACUGAGAGCUAGGUGGGCCGUUCCAUGAACCAGGGGUUCAGUUUCAGAGUCUGUUGAUUCAACAGGUCUGAAGAACGACCAGGAUGAUUAACUCGCGUCUUGUCACCACACCAUGCGUGACACAUGUACACCUCACCAGCCCGCCCUCCCCCAUUCACAAAAUGAACAUAGCUUGUAACUGUGAGCUCAAAUAAAGUUUUUUCUUUCUUUUUUUUA